UAAGUAAAUAAAUAAAAUAAAAAAAUCUAAACAUUUACCAUCUACACAAGCACGAACACCUACCUGAGUACCUACCUAAACAUUUACAAUCCACCCAUCCACCUACCUGAGUACCUCUCUCUUCUUAUCCAUUUCAAUCUCCUAUAUUAUAAUAUAACCACAAAUUCCUAUCCCCUCUCUCUCUCUCUCUUCCUCUUUCUCUCUAUCUUUUAUAGAUGCAUAACAGUGGCUUUACGGAAAAAUAAAUAAAUAAAUAAAAUUAGAAACAGAACAACAACAACAAAGCAGAGCACAACUUACAACUUGCAAGUUGCAACUGAGGGAGAUAAACCUUCCUUGAAGAAGCUUGAGAGCGGUGGCUUAGCCGGUCUUGGGCAAAGUCAGGCCUGCAUUAAUGAUCGAUUUCAUGCUUCUCUAUGCAACCUAUACAAGAUCGAUGCCGUAGGGAGAUGGGUUUGGGUUUGAUUGAGGAUUUGGAUUUGGUCCGAUUCAGGGUUUUUGUUUACAGAUUGUUGUCUCCUCAAGUUCACCCCUCAAAAAAAAUCGUGAGGCCAAAGGGUUGGUUGUAUGGAUGCGAGUAGCAGUAGUAGGGGUAUUCUGUACUUUCUGAAUGUCUCUCGAUGCAUAUCAUCUUCCUGUACCUUUAAUUUCAUGUUGUUAAUGAAAUUUUUCUUUGCUGAUUAAAAAAAAAAGUUGAAGGUUGAACACUGAAGUUAACUCCACACAGCCCAAAGAAAGAUUUGCAUGUUCUCUGCACCAAUUUCAGCCGUACCGGCGAUGGCAAAUGUGUAUCGGAACUAUAUCGCUGACGUAUCGGAUUCAGGCCGAUACGUAUCGGGAAUCGGCCGUUACGGACGUGAAAUUCAUUCUCACCGGUAUACCGGUACACACAUCAAUCAAAGAGCUCUUCGAUAGCUCGAUCAAAAAUGGAGGCAACUGCAGUGGAGCAAUGACAUGCCCAGUGCAUAAAGGUUCCAAAGGUGUACAGGGAACGUUGACAUUUUCAUACAGGUUUGGAGACAGAAUAACUGUCAAAAGACCUUCCAAGUGGAAGAAGUUACUGCAAUUUGGAGCUGUUGUGUUGCUACGAUUGGCACUUAGUUCAGUGGAUAUGGAGAUUGAAGAAAUCCCCAUCUUCACUGAUCCUGAUGUCAUUGAAUGAAUUGCAGAAAUAAACACCACAUAUACAUACAUACAUAUAUAUAUAUAUAUAUAUGGGUGUCAAUCUAAUCUCAAGGAUUUGAGUGCUACUGUUAAAGAGAAAGUGGCCCUGUGGGCCAAGUCCAACCUUCCAGGCUUCUCUUACUCAAGGCAUGAUAUUGUUCACAACCUAAUUCAAAUCUUAUUCUGCUGUUAAGUGUGUUCGUCUCUGUA